ACACCGUUUUUAUCAUAUCUAACUAUUUACAAAUAGCUUAGCUCAUCACAAAAAAUACUAGCAAACGCGCGUUUAGUUACGAGUUGAAUUUCAGUCACAUCGAAUCUCUGCGGCACGAUCGACGGGAAGCGCGAACGUUUCAUAUACGUAGCCCAAACGAGCGAGCAAUCUAGCAUGAUAAUUACGGGUGAUAACAUGUGACUGGCUGCGCUGUCGCGUGUCACAGUGUAUCUGAAGAGUUAACCGCAGUGCUUUGCGAUUGGAUAACUGAACCGAAAACAUUAUUGGACUGUGACUCUACCCUACAUAGUGCACUCGAUCGGUGAACAUUAUGGAGCCAAAACAUAAUCGACCGGAACUGCCCGACAACGAUUCGUUGAUUUUGUACUGCAAUCAGUACAGCUACUACUGCCAGAAGGUACUGUGGGCGCUCUAUGAGAAGGACAUCAAGUUUACCAGAUAUGAGGUUGAUGUCACCAACGAUGAACAUUUUAGCGAGUGGUUUUUAACACUAAAUCCUCGGGGCGAGCUGCCUGUGCUACAGAGUGGAUCACUAGUCGUACCCGGUUCGAAUCGCAUUCUAGAUUAUUUGGAAGAAAAACAGUCCCAAGAUAAACAGUUAAAAUUACCGUGGAAUUCGGACAAGCAAAUCCGAUAUUUCAAAAACACUUUGGAUAAAAUUCCAAUUGGUGUUAUUACGAUUGGUUCAUUUUUGCACCCGCGAAUGGUGGUUUCACCUAAAUCACCCUAUGUUCAACCAGUCCGUUACACUAUCCUGGAACGUGAUGAACUGGUUAGUGGCCGUUUGCGAUCGUACGCCGAAGUAUUCCCGGCAUUCAGUGAAGCACUACUGCAGAAGGCCGAUUUCCAUGAUCGAAAGCGGAAUGUUCUAGCCAGUGAAGCAUACUUUUGCAAACUGCUAGAUGGACUGGAAGAGUUUCUUUCGGAGAUGGAGUUGCAUUUAGCGAGAAUUAAUGUCGAACACAGUUGGAUAGCGGGCCACGAUUUCACCCUGGUCGACAUAGGUUUGGGUUGUCUUCUUUACCGCUUAUACGUGCUUGGUUUGGAAGAUCGAUUUUGGACCGGAGGAAAAAAGACCGAGCUGGAGAGAUAUUUUAACAAAAUAAUGGUAUCCAACAGUUUCCAAAGCACGUUACCAACCAAGACCUCACUACUUAGGACGAUAUGGCUCAAUACACCCUCCUCGUAUAAGGCAGGAAUUGCGGCAUUUUCUUUUUCAUCUAUGAUCAUAGGGUCGCAGUUAUUGAAAAGAUGAAAUCGGUCAUUUUUUUACAAACAUUUGCAUUUUUUAUUAAACCAUCAUCUCAACCGUACGAAACAACCAAUUACCACUUAAUAGUAUAAACAAAUAUAGAACUGUUCAUUGGUGGGCUGCUGCAGUUGUCAAACAAAAAAUUGAGAGAAUUGAUAUCAAUAAACAGUUACAACAGGUGAUUUGAUUACUUUAUGCAUAAAAAGAAUUGAUUCAGCACCAAUUAUUCGACAUAAUCCACGCAUAAUUUUUGUUUACUUUUAGCAACAUAUUCCUAAUAUAUUACAAAGCUUCUUAAAAACUUCAA